AUGGACGAGGUCAAGAAGCGAUUUAUGUUCGAUCUGAUCGUACGAACUCUUUGGGCGGACUGGCCAUCGGCUAUGCCCAAGCCAUCAAAAGAGCCAGAAUUGCCUCAGCCCAAAUCAAGUGGUGGCAGACUGCAUGUUGGGAGGUGGCCUGUUUGUGCGGCGAUAUAUCCUCACGUUCUAAGGAUACAUCAGCUCUGGUCAACAAUAUCAGAUCUCUCAGACGCCACCAAAUUACAUUUUGCAAAGUUGUUGAACGAGGCUGCAUGGUAUCAGAAAGAACGCGGUAGAACAAAGGAUUUUGAUGGCUUCUUUGAGACUGCUCGCAGCAUCUGCGAAUCCUCUGUACACCCUGAUCGGGAUUCCCUGCUUGCAGACAUAUAUUUCUGCCUAGGAGCUAUCUCCAUGGACGCAAGCGACUUCGAUAAAAGUCGCGUCUAUAAAGAAUUGUCUUUCGCUCUGGUUUCCAACAUUUGCAAAGAACUGGGAACUGCUGACGAGAGAUUGUAUCUUGCAUACGCAGAGCGAGGCAUCUCACGCAUUCAGGAUAAAAGGUACGAAGAAGGUGAGGCUGAUCUCAGGGAAGCACUACGGAUUCGUAUAGCUCUUGGUAACUACGUCCCCCGGUCUGGCGAGGUUAACCUGAGCUGGUCCCUUCUUGCACAAGGAAAGCUGGAAGAGUGUGACGAGCUUCUUUCGGAAACUCUUGCGGGUAGAGAAAGGGCGUUAGGCAAAGACGAUAGGGAGUCUGUCAGAACAGGACUGGUUCUGUAUGCACUUGGUAACCUUCGUGCUGCUCAGAAUCGAUUGGAUGAGAGUUUUGAGUUUCAUCAGCGAGCAAUGCGCCACAUGCGCGCGACGGUGGGUGAGAAGGAUUUCUACACUGCGAAUGUCGCUCACAAAAUUGCGGAGCACCUGCUCCGCUUGGGUCGAAGUGAAGAAUCGAUUACCAUGGCCAAUAUGGCGCUGGAUAUCUGGUCUGUUGACCCAAGUGCACACAAGAACGAGAUUGCUCGCACAACCUUCCUCAAGGGCCGCUUGUUUGAAGCAACAGGUAGAAGUCAAAAGGCGUCCAUUGCCUUUAGAGUUGCAUGCCGCUUGAGAAAGGAAAUAACUCAAGAGGAUCGAGAUAUGAAUAGCUUGACCACGGAAGAUUUCGACGAGAUCGUUGCUUUUUGGGCUCGAUGA